UUACAAAUGAGAGUCAAUAAGAGCACGGUGAAUAACUUCUUGCUACUGGGAUUCUCUAAUCUGCCAGGUCUGGAGGGCUUGUUCUUCUAUGUUUUCCUAAGCAUCUAUGUGUUGAUCCUGAUUGGGAACAUCCUCAUAAUUACUGUCACACUGGCUGACCAGGCACUCCAGAAUCCCAUGUAUUUCUUCCUCAGAAACUUGUCUUGUCUGGAGGUCUGCUGCACCUCAAUCAUUAUUCCCAAAAUGCUGGAAAACCUCCUGUCAGAUGAUAAAACCAUUUCAUUUGUUGGUUGUGCCUUUCAAAUGAGUGGAUUCCUCAUCACAGGAGCAGCAGAGUGCUUUCUCUUGGCCGCCAUGGCAUACGACCGCUAUGUUGCCAUUUGCCGACCCCUGCAUUACACACUCAUUAUGAGUAGUAAAAUGUGCUUUGGGCUGGUUGUCGCUUCUUGGCUAGCUGGAAUUCCAGUGCAACUUGCCCAGACUCUCCAAGUGUUCACCUCUUAUUUCUGUAAUUCCAGUGAAAUUAAUCACUUUUUCUGCGACUUCCCUGCUGUGGUCAAACUCGUCUGUGGGGAUACAUCUAUAAAUGAGCAGAUAGCUCUGGUGGAAGUAGCUUUAUUGGGAAUAAUACCUUUUGCUUUGAUAUUCAUGUCAUACAUGUGCAUUGCCUCCACCAUUCUGAAGAUGCAAUCUGUAGAGGGGAGAAAAAAGACCUUCUCAACAUGCUCCUCACAUCUCAUGGUGGUGAUGUUGUUCUAUGGCUCUGGAAUAACUGUGUAUUUGAAACCCAAGUCAAACCAUUUUCAUGAUACAGACAAGCUCCUAUCUCUCUUGUACACUGUCCUGCCACCUUUGUUAAAUCCUCUUAUUUACAGUUUGAGGAACAAAGAAGUCAGAGCUGCUCUCAGGGGUGUAUUAUUUUCUAGCCAUUUCUCACAUGUAUGA